UGAGACGGUCCUUUCACGAACCCACACACCCUGAGGCGUCUGAGUGAAAAGUGUAGCACCAUGGCCUCUGUGUUGUCCUACGAAAGUCUGGUACACGCCGUGGCCGGAGCCGUGGUAACAGUGCAUGUGGAAGCAGCCUCUUGAUGAGGAAACACACAUCACAGCUCAGUACGUCCCAGCCCUUAAGGUGUUCUCUGCAAUGGGAAGUGUGACUGCCAUGACAGUGUUCUUCCCUUUGGAUACUGCUAGACUUCGGCUUCAGGUUGAUGAAAAAAGAAAGUCAAAAACGACGCAUGCAGUGCUCCUGGAGAUAAUUAAGGAAGAAGGCCUCUUGGCACCAUACCGAGGAUGGUUUCCAGUUAUUUCCAGUCUCUGCUGCUCCAAUUUUGUCUAUUUUUACACUUUUAAUAGCCUCAAAGCAGUGUGGGUCAAAGGUCAACGUUCUUCUACAGGAAAAGAUCUGGUGGUUGGCUUUGUAGCAGGAGUGGUGAACGUGCUGCUAACUACUCCACUCUGGGUGGUAAACACCAGACUGAAGUUGCAGGGGGCAAAAUUUCGGAAUGAAGACAUCGUACCAACUAACUACAAAGGCAUUCUCGAUGCGUUCCACCAGAUUAUCCGAGAUGAAGGGGCCUUGGCUCUGUGGAAUGGCACCUUCCCCUCCUUGCUACUGGUCUUCAACCCCGCCAUCCAGUUCAUGUUCUACGAAGGCUUAAAACGGCAGCUCUUAAAGAAGCGGAUGAAGCUCUCUUCUUUGGAUGUGUUCAUCAUUGGUGCAAUAGCCAAAGCGAUUGCCACCACAGUCACCUAUCCCAUGCAGACGGUACAGUCGAUCCUGAGGUUUGGACGUCACAGACUAAACCCAGAAAGCAGGACCCUGGGCAGUCUUCGGAGUGUUCUCUCUCUUCUUCACCAGCGAGUCAAGCGUUUUGGAAUAAUGGGACUCUACAAAGGCCUUGAAGCCAAGCUGCUGCAGACAGUGCUCACAGCCGCCCUCAUGUUCCUUGUGUACGAGAAACUGACAGCUGCCACCUUCACCGUAAUGGGCCUGAAGAGCACACAGAAGCACUGAGCCCCGUCCACAGCACACUGGAGGCUCGGGUGCUGCACAGAGAAGAGGCACAGUUCUCCUUUCCUGCAGGUUCCAUCCACACCACAGACAUUCCUGUCAUUGGCUGUAAAGGCAUCAAAGGCUAAACAGCCGGCUAAGCCUAUUGCUUUUUUUGUUUUGUUUUGUUUUGUUGUUUUUUUUUUUUUUUUGGUGUUUUUAUGGUGUUUGGUUGGAUUUGUGGGUAGAGGUGAGUCUGAUAUGAAAAUAUCAAAACCCUGAAAAUGUUAGUUUGUGGGUGUUCAUUAAUUUUUCUCAAGGGGAAUGGACUUUCCAUCUAAGGCUUUUCUCAACUCUGCCACUUGUUUUCUUUCACUAAAUGGUCUCCCAGAUCCAGACAAUUCAGUAACAUAAUUCUCCUCAGAUACUUUGCUGUCUUAAUCUUGGUAAAGAGUUCCUCACUGAAAAUAACAUCAUGACUGUGCUGUGGGCUUGACUUUAUUUCUGCCAUUUUGUGGGAGAAAUGAAAAUUAUUAACCUAAAUGAUUUUCUUAAAAUUUGUAAAUGUCAUUUAUUCAUUAGUGUUUGACAUAGUUUUUUUAAACACAUAUUUAUUUAGAAUUGUCUUUUAUCACAAAAAAAGCCUUGAUAUUGUAUGUCCAUUCGUGCAAGCUCCAAUCACAUAAGCCUCAAUAAAUUGUCGGCACACACAC